CUUAUAAUUUCAGAUUUCAUUUCAUUUCGAAGAUAUGAAAACAUGAAACUGAAAGAUAUGGAAAAUGAAAUGGAAGUCGAAAACAACAAAGAAAGUCCAAAAAUGGACAAUAUAGAAAAUGAGAAAAUUAAAAACAUUUUAAAUUGCGUUGCCAAUAGUGAUGGGUUUUUUAAAAGCCAGCAGAGAGGAGAAGAAGAUUUAAACUUUAAUCAAAAAAAAGAAAUUGCUAAAGAGAUUCUAGAAAAAAAUAUUCCUCUUUUUCUUAGAAGAUAUGGCAAAUAUAUCCAUUAUGAAGAUUUGGAAUAUUUUGAACCUUAUAGAACUGACUAUGAAGUGAAUUUCUACGUAAUGGAAAUUGAAAAGAUGCAUUCGGGAAAAAGAAAAUCGGUUAAAGUAAAAAAUCGCCGUUAUGAAGCUCUUCAGAGACUGAUCAAACAGGGCACUUAUUUUAGUGAAUCAGAAAUGCGAAAACGUAAUCCUGUACUUUACGAACAGAUGGUUGGUAGAUUCUUGACAGAUGAAGAAAGAAAACAGACAGAAAAAUUUGAUGAAAACAUUAAAUUUUCUACAUUAUUGCUUGAGCAUUUGGACAGAAGUGAUGGCUGUAGUGUAAGAAGACAAGAACAAGAAUUUGAAUGUGCACAGUGGGAAGAAGAAAGUGAAAGUGAUGAUGAAUUAGAUUGUGAAGAAAAAUCUAAAAUAAAUGAAGAAGACAAGCAGUUCUUCCGCAAUGAAUUUGUGUCAGUGAUGUAUGAACGUUUCUUAUCCGGUAAAGAUAAAGACUUUGAUUAUAAGUAA